CUGAAGUGUUUGGAUUGCGGGCUGUGUUUGGCUUGGUUUUAAUUUUAAACCACGUUACAGACCCGACUGCUCGAGUUGGCGGAAUGAAGAUGAACUAUUUGGAAACACAAAUUCCUUGAAAUUAAUGGCUGAAGUGACAGUUCUCUUUCCAUUAUGGAAUUAAAUGCUUCAUUUUCCAAAUCAUUGACUACACCAUUGGUGCCAGGUACAAGUACCAAAAUACAGAAACACAAGCAUAUUUCCACAAAACCAGACACCACAGUGCUCGUUGCUGUAGCUUUGCAAGAUCACAUUAUUAGGAAUCUGCGACUCCAAAACCUUUCAUUGUCUGAUGGUUUUAAAACAAAACCACGGGCUAAAGUGGGUUGCUACAGGCCCAUUGACAGAAGCACUGUGAAGCCUGUAGUGGAUACAGGAAUAAGAAGGAAAGAAGAAAAAAAGAAAAGGAAAGAAGAUGAGGAAAAAGAGUAUGUUUUGGAUCCAAAACCUUCGGGUCUUACUUUAGCACAGAAAUUGGGCCUCGUUGAUGUACCUAAAGCACCGUUAACAGACAAUGAGUGGCAACUGGUGAAAAAGCGAUCAAUACAACAGGGAGAUUCAGCGCAGCCUUGUGCCAUAUGCAGAGAAGAAUUUGGUAUGCAGGAACAGCUACAAGAGAUUAAUGACAGAUUGGUGAGGUCAUGCAAAGUGGAUAUUGAUAAACUCUUUUCUGAAAUUGAUCAGUCAGUAGCUACAAACAGAAGAGUGCUGCAGCAAUUGGAGAGGCAACAUGUUCACAUUAUAUCAGAAGAAGAGUGGGAACAAAUACAACUUAAGGCAAUACUCAGGGAGGUAUUCGAUUGUCCAAUUUGCAUCACUCCACUGGAUCAUUUUAGAAGUACAACAUGCCAUGCGGCUGCUGACGGAAGAGAGAAUUGUGGUCCGUCUGGGCGGCAAACAGUGCUGUUGUCCUGCUCUCACACCUUCCACUACACUUGCUUGAAAGCCUUUGAGGACUUUUCUGAGGGAGAGACACAUACUUGCCCAUUAUGCAGAUCAACCUAUGAAAAGAAGAUUUUAUGAAAAUUAAAAUAUAAAGCUUUUUUUCUUGCAAUUCAAAACAAAUACCUCCACAAAUAUCUUAGAUUAUUUAACAUUUGAAUAAAAGCCU